UUAUCCAUAUCCACAUCCACAAACACACAUCUCCCACAUCCUACUUUACUCUCUUUCCUUUUGUUUCUUAUUGAUCUGUGACACUUCUGAACCUUGUAGCAUAGCAUAUUCCAUGGCCAUGGCAACCCAAGCCUCCCUCUUGAGCCCACCCCUCUCAGGCCUGAAGCCCAGCGACCGCGCCUCCGUGCCAUGGAAACAGCCCCCCAGCUUCUCCUGCAGGCCCCUCAAGUUGAAGAAAACAAUGAGAGCAGCAGCUUCCGAUGAGGUGACAGAGGCCCCAACAAAAGAGGCUCCAGUGGGGUUCACCCCCCCAGAGCUGGACCCAAACACCCCGUCCCCGAUCUUCGGCGGCAGCACUGGUGGGCUUUUGCGGAAGGCCCAGGUGGAGGAGUUCUAUGUGAUCACAUGGGAGUCUCCGAAGGAACAGAUCUUCGAAAUGCCCACUGGGGGAGCUGCCAUCAUGAGGGAGGGCCCUAACCUCCUCAAGUUGGCGAGGAAGGAGCAGUGCUUGGCUCUUGGAACCAGGCUCAGGUCCAAGUACAAGAUCAAGUACCAGUUCUACAGGGUCUUCCCCAACGGAGAAGUCCAAUACUUGCACCCCAAGGAUGGUGUCUACCCUGAGAAGGUCAACCCUGGUCGCCAAGGGGUUGGUCAAAACUUCAGGUCCAUUGGUAAGAAUGUUAACCCUAUUGAGGUCAAGUUCACUGGCAAGCAACCCUAUGAUUUGUGAGCAACUCUAAUCACAACUCUAUCAUUACAUCCCGUUUCUCAUCUACCUAUUCUCCAUUUUAUGUCACAAAUGCUCAACUCUGUAACCCUUCUGUUUACACUCUUCUUUCUCCUAUUAUAUCAUUAUUCUGUCUACACCAUCUUUAUUUCCUCA